AUGCAACCACUAACACACCAGCAAGAACCACCUCCAGGCGCCCCCUCCAACUGCCUCUCUGCCCUGCACCAUGCCCAGAACCAGACUCCCGCCUCCCAGCGCACACGCACUACCUUCCCCAGCCUCCUCGACAGCACCACCAACCCCUCCCACCGCCUCCUCGAAAUUACCAUCUUCUCUCUCCUGCGUCACGGGCUCACCUUCAUGCAGAUCGCUGCAUUUCUCGAGCACGAGCGCACACAUGCCGCGCAAGGAAUCACGCAGCUUCGCGAUGCGCUACGAACGUUCCAUUUUGCGCGGCUGUUGAACGGAGAGGGGGCGAGGAGCUGGGUGGAGUGGAGGGUUGCGACGUGGCCGCGUUGGCCGCGGGCGUGGGAAGUGGCGAUGCUGGGUGGGUGGGCGUUGGAGGUCUGGGCCUGGGCGGUGCACGAAGCGGGGGAGAAUGGAAAGACAGGGAUACUUGAAGACGAGGGAGAGGGGAGGGAGACGGCGGGUGUGUGUUGUCAUGGGUUUGCGAUUUUGAAGAGGAAGCGUUGGGGGACCUUGAGGGAAAGGCUGAGGGCGAUGGUUUAG